UCUCGUAAUGCGUCAGAAAACAGAAGAGAAGAGACUGGACGUACAAGAGGAAAAUAGUUGGAAUAUGGACCAACUUAUCACUUGAGCCCAUGUCCUCUUCUUAAGUUACAUAAGCCCAAAAAUCUUCGGUGGUUUCAAACGUAUAUUUUUAGCAAUAACCCACCCCAUUCUCUGGAAACUUCUACACCAUUCUGGGCUUUGGGUAGCUUGCGGGUCCUUCUAGACCUAUCUUCAUCUUUCUCCUUCCUACCCUUUUUAUUGUUUUUAUUAAGCAAUCAUACCCCCGUUCUUGUAAGAAGCAUUGGAUUGAGAUACCAAAAUUGUUGCUGUUCGAAUCAAUCAGCGUUUUUUUUUUCCCCUUCAAUAGCCGAAGCUUUUGAUAGUCGCAGAAGGAGAUGGGUGUGGAUUAUUACAGCAUAUUAAAGGUUGACAAGAACGCGAACGACGAUGAGUUGAAGAAAGCUUACCGGAAAUUGGCCAUGAAGUGGCACCCUGACAAAAAUCCCACCAACAAGAAAGAAGCUGAGGCCAAAUUUAAACAGAUUUCAGAAGCUUAUGAGGUUUUGAGUGAUCCUGAGAAAAGGGCUAUCUAUGAUCAGUACGGUGAAGAAGGCUUGAAAGGGCAAGUGCCGCCUCCGGGUGCCGGAGGUCCUACUGGGGCAACAUUUUUCCAAACCGGAGAUGGACCUAAUGUAUUUAGAUUCAACCCCCGGAACGCAAACGAUAUCUUUGCUGAAUUUUUCGGGUUUUCUGGUGGUAGCCCGUUUGGCGGAAUGGGAGGUGCCGGCGGUGGGAUGAACAGCGGUGGCACCAGGUUCUCCAGCUCUAUGUUUGGUGAUGACAUCUUCAGUUCCUUCGGAGAAGCAUCCGGGAGGCAAACAAGUUCAGCGCCUAGGAAAGAACCCCCCAUUGAACAAACAUUAGCUUGCAGUUUGGAAGAACUUUACAAGGGAACAUCUAAGAAGAUGAAAAUCUCCAGGGAAAUAGCUGAUGCCAGUGGAAAAACUUUACCUGUACAGGAAUUCCUGACCAUUGACAUCAAACCCGGGUGGAAGAAAGGUACCAAAAUUACAUUCCCAGAAAAAGGCAAUGAAAAACCAAAUGUUAUUCCGGCGGAUCUGGUAUUCGUUAUAGACGAAAAGCCUCACAGCGUGUUCAAGCGGGAUGGGAAUGAUCUUGUUUAUACGCAUAAAGUAUCGCUUGCGGAAGCAUUAACGGGGUGCACAGUCCAAAUUACAACCUUAGAUGGGAGGAGAUUGACAAUACCGAUUAACAGUGUCAUUCAUCCAGAAUACGAAGAAGUUGUACCAAGAGAGGGGAUGCCUUUGCCCAAAGACCCUUCAAAGGAAGGCAAUCUCAGGAUUAAGUUCAACAUCAAAUUCCCAACUAGGUUGACAGCAGAACAGAAGGCAGGAAUCAAGAAGCUGCUUGCUGCUUGAAGAUGCACUUUCAAUGAAUCUGUGCAUAGCUUUUUUGAUACCUUUGGAAAGUUUUGGUUUUACAUGUAAAUGACAAAAUAUUACGAACAACAUAUAGAAAGUGUAGUGUCUGUUUUGAGGACUUGGAUAUUAGAUGAAACGUUCCUGAGGCUAGCAGACCCAGGGAAAAAUGGAACUGACAGUCAAUGAUUGUAUCUGUCCAUGAUGGGCUACGUUGUUGAUGUUGGCGACGGUUAGCAGUUUCCAUUUGAUUGAUCUUGGAUUUCGAAAUAAGAACAAACGUGAAUGCAGAAUUUCAGAGUUUCUUCC